CACAAACCGUUUCAUAAUAUAUAUCAAAGCAUCUGUGAUCAGAUUAUGUAUCAUCUGUUUUGGGGAUUUAUAUCAUGGCACAACUUUGGCCCUUCGCUGCUACACGGCUAAGACGUCCUUUUCCUCUACAAAAUAUUGACAAAUGGCAUCGUUUCAAUUGUUUCUAACGAUGGCGAUGAUGUUUUCAUUCCGGGAAGUUCUUACUUAUCAUACAGUGAUGCUUUAACAUGGUCUGGGGGGCAACAGUAACACAACAGUGACCUCGUGAGCUCCAUGUCCACCCUCACCUGGCAGGGUUACCCACAGGAAACUCAGGAAAUGGUCAUCGCCAUAGGCCUAUGGAGGUGCGGCCAGCAGAACAGUGGCCGCACCCAGCCCAAGAAUUGGGGGGAAUUCUUUAAAAUCUGACACACCAGAACAAGAAAAGUAAGAAUUUUGCAAGAUUUUGGGUCAGUUCUUACUUGGUCUCGGGUAAUUCUUGGUUCUAGUCUCAGUCCGCGUUGUAAACUCGUAGAAAUAGCAUCCGUGCGCUUGUGUCAUGUUUUCAGCACUACAGUGUCACUUUUUGUGCUUUAACCCGCUAGCAGCGACGGGCUAAAAUUGUGGCUUUACCGUGUAGCAGCGACGGGUCAGAUUUGUGGCUUUACCGUGUAGCAGCGACGGGUCAGAUUUGUGGCUUUACCGUGUAGCAGCGACGGGCCAAAUUUGUGGCUUUACCGUGUAGCAGCGACGGGCCAAAUUUGUGGCUUUACCCUGUAGCAGCGGCGGGUCAAAUUUGUGGCUUUACCGUGUAGCAGCGACGGGCCAAAUUUGUGGCUUUACCGUGUAGCAGUGACGGGCCAAAUUUGUGGCUUUACUGUGUAGCAGCGACGGGCCAAAUUUGUGGCUUUACCGUGUAGCAGCGACGGGCCAAAUUUGUGGCUUUACCGUGUAGCAGCGACGGGCCAAAUUUGUGCCAUGAUAUAAACCUCCCAAAAUAGAUGAUACAUAAUCUGAUCACAAACGCUUUGAUAUAUAUUAUGAAAUGGUUUGUGUGAGUGAUGAUUUUUCCUCAUUUUUCUUGCUUAGAGGGACCAUUAAGAAACAUGAUCCCCGUUGCUACUGGGUUAAUAAUGUCUAUGUUCCAAUAUGCUGUAUGUUGACAUGUUCGUCCUCCCCCACAGAGUGUUGGGAGUGUUGUCCGUGGCCAGGUCCAGGCACGAUGCUUCCACGUCUCCCCGCUGAUCUCUGCGGCCUAGAAGGUUGCCAUGUCCCACCUGGACCCUAGCUCGGAGAUGCCCUACCCCAAGCUGCAGGCCAACUUAGAUAUCGUCCAACAAAGGCUGAGCCGCCCUCUCACCCUCUCGGAAAAAGUGCUGUACUCUCAUCUGUCCGAUCCUUCCAACCAAGAAAUCGUCCGAGGCGAGUCCCACUACCUCAAGCUCCACCCAGACCGCGUUGCAAUGCAGGACGCCACAGCACAGAUGGCCAUGCUUCAGUUCAUUAGCUCUGGACUGCCCAGGGUCACCGUACCAUCAACCAUCCACUGUGACCAUCUUAUACAAGCACAGAUCGAUGGCUCUCAGGAUCUCCAGCGAGCCAUUGAAAUCAGCAAAGAGGUCUACAAUUUCCUGGCUACUGCUGGGGCCAAGUAUGGAGUUGGAUUCUGAAAGCCUGGCUCUGGGAUUAUUCAUCAGAUCAUUUUGGAGAACUACGCUUUCCCCGGGCACUGAUUCUCACACGCCCAACGGAGGUGGUCUUGGAGGCCUGUGCAUUGGUGUGGGUGGUGCCGAUGCUGUUGAUGUUAUGGCCGACAUUUCCUGGGAGAGUUUUAUCCUUGUAGUGACCAAUGGAUUAGGUGGCUCUGUAUCUCUUCAAACCUGGCUGUUAUGAUUAGCACGGAUUUGGCCUUUCUCUGCCUCUGUGGUGGAUAGUGGAGUGUUUCCCAUGUGGUAUUGGUGUGCUGGAUAUCCCUUCACUGGUAGCCUGGUAACAUAUACUCCACAACUUUCUACUCAUGCUCAUCCCUAUACUUUCCAAACCCCUUAUGCAAGAGUUAACCAGCAUCUUCACUCUUUCAUCCCUCACGCUGGUAAACUCUGGAACAAUCUUCCUUCAUCUGUAUUUCCUCCUGCCUAUGACUUGAACUCUUUCAAGAGGAGGGUAUCAGGACACCUCUCCUCCCGAAAUUGACCUCUGAUUUUGGACACUCCUUUAACCUCUGUUCGGGAGCAGUGAGUAGCGGGCCUUUUUUUAUUCUUUUCUUUGUGCCCUUGAGCUGUCUCCUUAGCUGUAAAAAAAAAAAAAAAAAAAAAAAAAAAAAGAUUAGUUAUACACUUUUAACACUUGCCCGGAGAUGUGAUCCGGCCCUAUGUCUUUCCUUCCAUCUAAAGUUUCCAUCAGCCUCAACAGUUCCCCUUUCUCAACCUUUACAUAAUUUAGCUUCUCUUCAGUAUGAUUUUCGAGCCCCUGUCAAAGUCGGUCUCUUUCGUAAACACUUUAUGAACAUUUUUAUUUUAAUAUUUCUGGAAUUUCUUCGUCCUUCUCAUAGAAUACACUUUUUUCUUUAAGUGUUUCCGCUCCUGCAUUUAUUUCUAACUUCCUGUUCCUUCCCUUCCUUCCUUUCCUUUCCCUUCCUUCCUUCCUUUUCUUUCCUUUCCUUUCCUUCCUUCCU